GUACUCCUGACAGUGCGCAACCUCUGCGUGAGUACGCUUACUUGCUACGUGUUCGAUUUGUUGCAGGAAAAGGGAUCUGAGGGGGUUGCAAAGUUGUUGGUGUUGUUUAUAGCAACGUCAUAUUUUGAAGGAUGCUACCUACCACCUUAAGUCGAUCUUCUAGUCAUGAUAAUGGUUCCUUAAACUCCAGAGAUGCAGCUCGCCACACAGCAGGAGCAAAGCGGUACAAAUACCUACGAAGGCUGUUCCGUUUCCGGCAGAUGGAUUUUGAAUUUGCAAUGUGGCAAAUGUUGUACCUUUUCACAUCCCCACAGAAGGUUUACAGAAAUUUUCAUUAUCGAAAGCAGACUAAAAACCAGUGGGCAAGAGAUGAUCCAGCAUUUUUGGUCCUGCUUAGCAUUUGGCUAUGUGUGUCCACAACAGGUUUCGGAUUUGUACUUGGUCUAGGAGUUUUCAACAUGCUGAAACUUUUGUUGUGGGUCGUUUUCAUUGACUGCAUAGGUGUUGGACUUCUAAUGGCAACUUUAAUGUGGUUUAUUACCAACAAGUACCUGUUGAAAACGCCAAGCAAAGAAUACGAUGUGGAGUGGGGAUAUGCCUUUGAUGUCCACUUAAAUGCAUUCUUCCCUCUGCUGGUUAUUCUGCACUUCAUCCAGCUUAUCUUCUUAAACCAGAUCCUCAAAGACUGGUUCAUUAGCUCCUUGAUUGGGAAUACUUUCUGGCUAGUUGGCAUUGGCUAUUAUGUUUACAUAACCUUUCUUGGAUAUAGUGCGUUACCGUUUUUGAAGAAUACCGUUAUUCUGCUGUAUCCCUUUGCACUUCUCAUCCUGUUGUAUGUGCUUUCCUUAGCAUUAAGAUGGAACUUCACCAGCGGACUCUGCUCAUUCUAUCAGUUUCGAGCAUUGUAAAUACUUAUGGCACCUUAUAUAUAAUCAGAACUGCUCCACAGGCAUUUCUUUUUGUACAUAUGUAUAUAUUUUGUACUGCAGAUAGUACAGGGGUAUUAUAUUGGUUGUAAAAAUCUGACAAACCUAACUUUGUGUUUUGAUGGAUUACUAUAAAGUGUUAAAACCAGGAAUACACCAUAUGGGUGUUGACAGUGGCAGUACAUUCCUGGAAAUUUUGUACAUUUCUGUAAUAAAUAUUUUUAAACAACUGACAA